GCGAGUCUACACCUCGCAAGAUGCCGCGAAUCCCUACCUCACUUCUUCUCAGGGCCUAUAGAGAGCACCCCCUUCUGCCCCUCCUCCUGAAGGAAUGUCGAACACUAGACACAGCCCGUAAUGAACUUCGAUGGCUCCGAGAACGCGCUCUUCGGGACGCUCCGCAAAACUCCCUAACGAGAACGCGACUAGGAUGGCGGACACGUCUACGAACGAUGUGCCACAAGCGCUCCCAGGGGGUUCCAUUGCAAUACAUCCUAGGUGACCAACCAUUCGGAGAGCUAGAAAUCCUCUGUCGAAGGGGGGUUUUAAUUCCAAGAUCUGAUACGGAGUCAUAUACAUACGAAGCAGCCAGAUUAAUCCGUCAAAUGGCGCUGGAAACGGACAAAGAUAGUCCGUCACCAUCCAGCAAGACGAGACCGCUUCGGAUUCUCGAUCUCUGCACGGGAACGGGUUGCAUAGCGCUACUCUUGCAUGCACUCCUCGCGUCGCAUUUUGAGAAGAUCCAAAUCAUGGGUCUUGACCUCAGUCCUAUAGCGUUGGAUCUUGCCCACAGAAAUCUGGAGCAUAAUAUCAGCCUGGGUGCUUUGGCCAGCCGUGCGCGUGAAGACACUCGAUUCCAUCGCGCGGACGUGUUGAGCUCCCACAGCAGCGCCAGUCCCAGCGCUACCCCCGGCAUCAGUGCUAGCAAUAUCCCAACCGUGGAAGACCUUCUAUCCAAAUACAUUACUCGCCCUAUUUCCAAAUCUCAACCUCAACCCGCGCACGAGACGUCUCGCCUACCCAAAAUCGACCUCCUAAUCUCCAAUCCUCCGUAUAUCUCAUCCACCGAUUUCCACAACGGCACGACUGCGCGAAGCGUACGGCUCUUCGAGCCCAGGCUAGCACUUGUUCCACCCACGGAUGCGCAUACCAAUACCAAUGCCAUCGGCAAGCUAGGCGAUAAGCCCGAGGAUAUAUUCUACCGCCGAAUCCUGGGGCUAUCGCUGGCCGUAGAAGCUAGCAUUACGGUUUUGGAAUGCGGUGACAGGAUGCAGGCUGAGAGGGUUGUUGGGAUGUUUUGGGGUAUGAGUGGGUCGCGCGAGAGACGGUGUGAGGGAGAGGGUGGUGGAGAUGGGUUUACGGCAGAGGUUUGGCCUGAUACGGAGGAGGAUUGUUUGGCUAAUGGGUUUCAUGGGCGGGAUGGGUCGAGGUGUGUUAUUAUUCGGAGGGUGAGGGGCGGGAUUGAUACUAUCUAGAAGGGAUAUCUGAUUUACAGUAGGAUCAGGAGUGUUAGUAGUGUUGUGUCUUCCUUAUAAAUUCAUGAAAUCUCGGCAUGAAACUGAUUUUCCUUCAGAUUAUGGGUAGAAGGCUAGAACACUACCGUAGCUCCUGGAAACCCGAUAGU